ACAAGUUUCCGCUUUGGGCGCUACAAAUAAGGGCCAAAAACACCUUCGCGUUUUCUCCAGCAGAGGAAUUUAUGGAACAUCCUCACUCCCUCGAGGCGCCUUCUUCUUCUUCUCUUCCUCCCGGUUGUCGUUUUUUCCCCUCCGAUGAGCAGCUCCUCCGCUUUUACCUCUCCAACAAAACCACUGCAACCAUUUCCCCGAGUUUGCUCGACAAUGGUGCUUCCGCCGGCUAUAACUUAAUCAAAGACCUCAACCCCUUCGAUUACGAUCCUUUCGAUUUGCCGGACUUUGCGUGUUUCUCUUAUGGUUCGAGCGGAAGAAAGAAGCACUGGUACUACUAUGCGGUUAGUGCUUUUAGGGAGAACAGGGGACGGAUAAGAAUGAAGAGCGGGUAUUGGAGAAGGAAGGGGAGAGUGAGGGAAGUGAUUGGCCAUCGGGGAGUUGUGCUUGGGAUGAAGAGGAGUUUCGUAUUUUAUUUAGGGAAUUCGAUCAAGAAUGCUGUGAAGACUAAUUGGAUCAUGUACGAGUAUGCCCUAGGCGAUCAUUUUAAGGCUUCUUUUGUACUGCAUCGGGUAUUUGUAAGUGGUCGGGGAAGUAGCAUUUCAGGUAAUGGCUUGAGUUCUUAUGGUGACGGAAGUGUCUCAGCAGUAUGUCAUAAUGGUAAUCAACAAGACGGAAUUCAUGUAACUAAUAUGGUUGAUGCCGAGGCUUGUGAAGGGGAUACUUUGAAUACAACCAAUGGCAUCGCAAGACAUGAAAUGGGGCGUGCUGAGAAGCCAAGUUGUCUACUUGUUACAGAACCUGUUUCUGCUCCUACCACUUUGCAAGUUCCAUCAGAAGCCUACUCUUGCGAGAUGAUGACUUCCUCGCCUGUAAUACCUCCUGAUUCAGUGCCUACUCAUGUUAUAGACAAACAACAACUAAUCUCUAUUCUGGAGGGAGAUUUUCUAGAAUUGGACGAUCUUGUUGAUUAAUUUUCCUUGGCAAAUAUCAUUACCAUCGAGUCUCAAAGACAUCAGAUGAAGAUUGUGAAUUCUCAGGCUUAUUCCUGCCUGACGUUAAAUUCCAAAUGGGGUUCCAAUUCCUCAGGAAAGGGACACUGUCUAGUUACUGAACCAUCUCUUAAAUGUGAAAGAAACUCUCAGUCUCAUGGAGUUAGCAAGAUUGGAUAAGGGAGCAAAUUACCAGCUAAGUGGAUGUAAAUUUGCAAUGGGCCAAAUGUUUGGCAUUUUUCUCCUGAUGAAACAAGGAGAUGUUGGUUUAUUCGCCGAAAUUGGAAGCAAGACAUGAAUGUAGGUGUAAUUAAGGUUUUGAUGUGUAUAUCAUGUUGAUGUUCUUCCAUUUACCAUGAAGCUUUGGAAAUCUUUGGUUUUAUCUUAUGCUAACAUUAUAUCAUUUAUCCAUCAACUUUUCAUA